AUGAUUGGCAACUAUGGGUCUUUGAGUAUGACCUGCACCGAAUUGUUUGGCCAUGACUCUGUGCCGCCUGACCAGGCAAGUGCUUGCCUGCAAUCCAUGCUUGAGCGGCGCGAACUGACUAUUUUCCUUCUUGAUGCUAUGGCAAAUGCCAUGGAGGAACCAGAUCAGAUUGCUGCCAUCUUCGGGCCAUUCUUGAACCAGGCUUGCUUCCGCCUGAAAGGCCGGAACUUGGUGGAUCAGAAGCUGGAGGCUGGGAAGCGCAAGACCUUUCAGCCAAAUGACGACCGGAUAGACCCAGUGGAUCCAUCCUUAAAGCUGGUGAGGUCUGCCUCGGCCAGCUUGGCAAAGCUCACAGGGCAACCACGUGCAGUUGCACGGGCUGCGUUGGAUGCGCUCAAUGAGGAUGCAGACCAGGCCUGUCGCUUGCUGCUGAGUGGUCUAGCACUGGCUUUACUCGACAACUGCGAAGUGGAAGAACUGAAACCUGGGAUCUUUGCCUACCUCGCAGCUGACGGAGAGGAGAAGAGACCCAAAGUUCUAUCAGAAGGUGCCUUUGCGGGCUGCUUUCUCCUCCGCACUGACAAGAACCGUAAGGAACCUUUGCGCCUCUUUGCUUUGGAGCCGGUGGAUGUUUGCCUUCUGUCGCGGCCGAGUGACGAACAUCCGGAGGGCUGGGCCGAGUUAGAAUACACUGAAGCGCCGGAGGUUGAAGGCUUUGAGAAGGAUGGGAGGCUGCAACGCUUCUUCCACGUUGGUGUGCACCUACGCGGUAUGCAAGACGAAGCACGAGCUCUUGCCAUGAGUGCUGAUGCGAAGGCGCUGGAGACCUUCUCUAAGAGGACCAUGGGCGACUUGACCAUUCAAGACUCAGGCAACAUGUACACAUUGUAUGCCCACGAUGACAGCGUGAAAGAUGGGCUGACGCCCUUUCGAAGGUUGAAGGGCCGAGACUCGCAAAUAGCUUUCCCGCCGUAG